GAACGGAAUCAGUCAAUCAUUGUAAGUGGGGAAUCUGGAGCAGGAAAGACUGUCUCUGCUAAGUAUGCCAUGAGAUACUUUGCCACUGUAAGUGGUUCUGCCAGUGAAGCUAAUGUUGAAGAGAAAGUACUGGCUUCCAACCCUAUCAUGGAGUCCAUCGGAAAUGCCAAAACCACAAGGAAUGACAACAGUAGUCGUUUUGGGAAGUACAUUGAAAUUGGUUUCGAUAAGAGGUACCGAAUCAUUGGUGCUAACAUGAGAACUUACCUCUUAGAAAAAUCAAGAGUGGUAUUUCAGGCAGAAGAGGAGAGAAAUUAUCACAUUUUCUACCAGCUCUGUGCCUCUGCAGCAUUACCUGAGUUUAAAACACUGCGAUUAGGGAAUGCAAAUUACUUUCACUAUACGAAGCAAGGAGGUAGUCCAGUGAUUGACGGCAUUGAUGAUGCUAAGGAAAUGGUACACACCAGACAGGCCUGCAGUUUGCUAGGGAUUAAUGAUUCCCACCAAAUGGGAAUCUUUCGAAUCCUCGCUGGGAUCCUUCACCUGGGCAACGUGGGGUUUACCUCUCGGGAUGCUGACAGCUGCACGAUCCCCCACAAACAUGAACCCCUCACCAUCUUCUGUGACCUCAUGGGUGUGGAGUACCAAGAGAUGUCCCACUGGCUUUGCCAUAGGAAGCUUGCUACUGCCUCUGAGACCUACAUCAAACCAAUUUCCAAACUGCAGGCCAUCAAUGCCAGAGAUGCUCUUGCCAAACAUAUCUACGCUAAACUCUUUAACUGGAUUGUUGAUCAUGUGAACAAAGCUCUGCAUUCUACUGUAAAGCAGCAUUCUUUCAUUGGCGUUUUGGACAUUUACGGGUUUGAGACAUUUGAGAUAAACAGCUUUGAACAGUUUUGUAUAAACUAUGCCAAUGAAAAACUGCAGCAACAGUUCAAUAUGCAUGUCUUUAAGCUGGAACAGGAGGAAUAUAUGAAGGAACAAAUUCCAUGGACCUUGAUUGAUUUCUAUGACAAUCAGCCUUGUAUUAAUCUCAUAGAGGCCAAAUUGGGCAUCUUGGAUCUGCUAGAUGAGGAAUGUAAGAUGCCUAAAGGAUCAGAUGACUCUUGGGCCCAGAAAUUGUAUAAUACACAUUUGAAGAAAUGUGCACUCUUCGAAAAACCACGUAUGUCAAACAAAGCUUUUAUCAUACAACACUUUGCUGACAAGGUGGAAUAUCAGUGUGAAGGCUUUCUGGAAAAGAACAAAGACACAGUUUAUGAAGAACAAAUCAAGGUCCUAAAAUCAAGUAAGUUUAAGAUGCUGUCAGAGUUGUUUCAGGAUGAGGAGAAGGCCCUUAGUCCCACCUCAGCAACCCCUUCAGGUCGCACGCUGCUGUCUCGCACUGCUGUAAAACCCGCCAAGGCCAGACCAGGCCAAGCAAGCAAGGAACAUAAGAAAACUGUGGGACAUCAGUUUCGGAACUCUCUUCAUCUGCUGAUGGAAACCCUUAAUGCUACAACUCCACACUACGUGCGUUGUAUUAAGCCCAAUGACUUCAAGUUUCCAUUCACGUUUGAUGAAAAGCGGGCAGUGCAGCAGCUCAGAGCGUGCGGCGUUCUGGAAACUAUCCGGAUCAGCGCAGCUGGCUUCCCUUCCAGGUGGACGUAUCAAGAGUUCUUCAGCCGCUACCGUGUCCUGAUGAAGCAAAAAGAUGUCCUUAGUGACAGAAAACAGACAUGCAAAAAUUUGUUGGAGAAGCUGAUUCUGGACAAGGAUAAGUACCAGUUUGGUAAGACAAAAAUAUUUUUUCGGGCUGGUCAAGUAGCCUAUCUGGAAAAAAUAAGAGCAGAUAAGCUGCGAGUUGCCUGCAUCCGCAUCCAGAAGACAAUCCGAGGGUGGCUGAUGCGAAAGAAGUACCUGCGCAUGAGGAAAGCAGCCAUCACCAUUCAGAGAUAUGUCAGAGGGUACCAGGCACGAUGCUAUGCCAAGUUCUUGCGAAGAACCAGGGCUGCCAUCCUAAUUCAGAAGUUCCAGCGCAUGUAUGUGGUUCGCAAAAGAUACCAUCUCAUGCGAGCUGCCACUAUUGUGCUUCAGUCACUUUUACGAGGUUACAUAGCAAGGAACAAAUACCAGAGGAUGCUUCGAGAGCACAAGGCCAUUAUUAUUCAGAAGCACGUGCGGGGCUGGCUGGCUCGUGUGCGCUACCGUAGGAGCUUGAAGGCAAUUGUGUACCUGCAAUGCUGCUAUAGGCGUAUGAUGGCCAAGAGGGAACUGAAGAAGCUGAAGAUAGAGGCGCGCUCUGUGGAACGGUACAAGAAACUCAAUAUUGGGAUGGAGAACAAGAUCAUGCAGCUGCAGCGUAAAGUUGAUGAGCAGAACAAAGACUACAAAUCCCUGCUGGAGAAACUAACUAACCUGGAAACCACGUACAACACAGAGAACGAGAAGCUGCGGAGUGAUGUGGAAAGGCUUCGCAUGAGUGAGGAGGAGGCUAAGAAUGCUACGAACCGUGUGAACAUGCUCCAAGAGGAGAUCACCAAGCUUCGAAAGGAGCUGCACCAAACACAGUCUGAGAAGAAGACAAUUGAGGAAUGGGCAGACAAAUACAAACAGGAAACAGAGCAGUUGGUAUCAGAACUGAAAGAGCAAAACACAUCACUGAAAAAGGAAAAGGAGGAGCUGAAUCGUCGCAUCCAUGAUCAGGCCAAGGAGAUGACAGAGACCAUGGAGAAGAAGCUUGUUGAGGAAACGAAACAGCUGGAGCUAGAUCUGAAUGAUGAAAGGUUAAGGUAUCAGAAUCUGCUGAAUGAGUUCAGCCGCUUAGAGGAGCGCUAUGAGGAUCUCAAGGAUGAGGUGAAUCUGAUGGUGAGCAUCCCCAAGCCUGGGCACAAAAGAACGGAUUCCACACACAGCAGCAAUGAAUCUGAAUAUACAUUUAGCUCUGAGAUUACAGAGACAGAAGACUUACCACUGAGAAUGGAGGACCCAAGUGAGAAAAAGGCACCGCUGGACAUGUCUCUGUUCCUCAAACUGCAGAAACGGGUUACAGAGCUGGAGCAGGAAAAGCAAUCCUUGCAGGAUGAACUGGACAGGAAGGAGGAACAGGCUCUCCGCACCAAGACCAGGGAGGAGGAGGAAAGGCCCCCAAUGAGAGGCGCAGAACUAGAGUAUGAGUCACUUAAGCGUCAAGAACUUGAAUCUGAGAACAAGAAGCUGAAGAAUGAGCUGAAUGAGCUGCAGAAGGCUCUUUUGGAGAAGAGCUCUCCAGAGGUGACUGCUCCUGGUGCCCCUGCCUAUAGAGUCCUCCUGGAUCAGCUGACCUCAGUAAGUGAGGAACUGGAUGUACGCAAAGAAGAAGUCCUCAUCCUGAGGUCUCAGCUGGUGAGUCAGAAGGAGGCUAUUCAACCCAAGGAGGAUAAGAAUACUAUGACAGAUUCUACAAUCCUCUUGGAGGAUGUACAGAAGAUGAAAGACAAAGGAGAAAUAGCACAGGCAUAUAUUGGGCUAAAGGAAACAAACAGACAAUCUCUUCAGGACUAUCAUAUGCUGAAUGAGGAUGGAGAACUAUGGCUGGUUUAUGAAGGGUUAAAACAAACCAACAGGCUCCUCGAAUCUCAGCUUCAGUCCCAGAAGAAGAGUCACGACAAUGAGCUGGAAGCUCUCCGGGGUGAGAUGCAGAGUUUGAAGGAGGAGAAUAACCGCCAGCAGCAGCUUUUAGCACAGAACCUGCAGCUGCCCCCGGAGGCCCGGAUUGAGGCCAGUCUACAGCAUGAGAUCACCCGGCUGACUAAUGAAAACUUGGAUUUAAUGGAGCAGCUUGAAAAGCAGGACAAGACAGUUCGCAAGCUGAAAAAGCAGCUGAAAGUGUUUGCUAAAAAGAUUGGUGAACUUGAAGUGGGCCAGAUGGAAAACAUUUCGCCUGGGCAAAUCAUUGAUGAACCCAUACGUCCAGUUAAUAUUCCACGGAAAGAAAAGGACUUCCAAGGAAUGUUAGAAUAUAAGAAGGAUGAUGAGCCAAAACUGGUCAAGAAUCUUAUUUUAGAUCUGAAACCACGUGGUGUAGCAGUCAACCUGAUCCCAGGACUACCAGCAUAUAUAUUAUUCAUGUGUGUCCGCCAUGCUGAUUACCUUAAUGAUGAUCAAAAAGUGAGAUCAUUGCUGACUUCCACUAUUAAUGGCAUCAAAAAAGUAUUGAAGAAAAGAGGUGACGACUUUGAAACGGUCUCCUUCUGGCUAUCUAACACCUGCCGAUUUUUGCACUGUCUGAAGCAGUAUAGUGGAGAAGAGGGAUUUAUGAAGCACAACACACCUCGUCAGAAUGAACACUGCCUCACCAAUUUUGACUUGGCUGAAUACAGACAGGUAUUGAGUGACUUGGCUAUUCAGAUCUACCAGCAGCUCGUCAGAGUGUUAGAGAAUAUUCUGCAGCCAAUGAUUGUUUCAGGAAUGCUGGAGCAUGAAACUAUUCAAGGCGUCUCAGGGGUAAAGCCACCAGGGCUGCGAAAGAGAACGUCCAGUAUUGCUGAUGAAGGGACCUACACGCUGGACUCUAUCAUUAGACAGCUGAACACAUUCCACUCAGUAAUGUGUCAGCAUGGUAUGGAUCCGGAGUUGAUCAAGCAAGUUGUCAAGCAAACAUUCUACAUCACUGGGGCAGUAACCCUGAAUAACCUCCUCCUGCGCAAGGACAUGUGCUCCUGGAGCAAAGGGAUGCAGAUACGGUACAAUGUGAGUCAACUUGAAGAAUGGCUACGUGACAAAAAUUUGAUGAAUAGCGGGGCUAAAGAAACACUGGAGCCUCUCAUUCAGGCUGCACAGUUGUUGCAGGUGAAAAAGAAGACGGAUGAAGAUGCAGAAGCCAUUUGUUCAAUGUGCAAUGCUCUAACUACUGCACAGAUUGUAAAAGUUUUGAAUUUGUAUACUCCAGUUAAUGAGUUUGAAGAAAGGGUCUCAAUAUCAUUUAUACGUACGAUACAGAUGCGUUUACGAGACAGGAAAGACUCUCCUCAGCUGCUAAUGGAUGCUAAACACAUCUUUCCUGUUACUUUUCCAUUUAAUCCAUCCUCCCUUGCAUUAGAAACCAUUCAAAUUCCAGCCAGCUUGGGCCUAGCAUUCAUCUCACGUGUCUGAACCAAGGAUGCACUGUCAGCUAUUGACAAUGAGUCUGUUGCCUGAAAUCUGAAUCCAUUAAAACCAUAGUGAGCCACUGAAAAUACGUUUUUGAAGGGACAACACUGUAUAUGCCCAGAUUUUUAGUAUGGGUAGCUGCAAAUCUACAUAACUGUACCACAACUGGAAGGCUGGCAGAAAGAUGUGCAUUUGUAUAGGUCAUUAUUUUCAUGUAGACACAUUACUGAUUGUUACGUUUCCAGAGUAUGAAUAUCGGGCUUGGGCAAAAAUUGUCUUCAGCUGCCUAGAGACAUUUUUAGAUCUUUAGUAACAUAUUUAAAUAGUGUACAUUAAAAUCCAUACACAGUCUGCUCAUAGGCAGGGACCAAUAAGGACAGACACGGUACUAUAAGUGGAGGACUGGAAGUAAUGCAUUUUGUAGUAGAAUACAUAGUCAUGUAGGAAUCUGUUUCUCCAUUAGAGUUUUUGACAAUUUAAACAUAGCAAACUGGCAAUAUAUAAAAUAAUUUGUUAAACAGCUUCCUUAUUUAUGUCAGUAUGACAUAAAUUAUGAAGUAUUAGUCUUUUGGCUUACUAUGCGAUAUAACAUAGGUGUUCAUUUGUUAGUACUGUGGUUUACUAAACAUAUUAAACUGCUGCUGAGUAUUGUGUUCUUUAAAAUGUAUGACAGUAUCCUUUAUUAGGCACUAAAAUAAGAAACUUCACUUUUUAUUAUCAACUUUGUUUACAGUCCAAUGCAAUCUAUUCUUUUAACUGGAUUUAUGCAAAUGUCAACAAAUAUCACCUGGAAAGGAAAAAUGGUAACUAAGCACAAGUAGCACACUGGAAGUUAGAUGAUAGUUUUCUUUAAAGAUAGGGCACUAAAAUACUCGUCUUGUGACAAAAUGAACAAAAGUCAGUCAUGAUUAUAAUAUUUAUUUCAUAUUUUGCAGUUGGUCAGGGUUUUUACUUUGUCCAAUUUUAGUCCAAGGAAGUGGCAUUAUAUUUUUUCAAUAUCCUCCAUUUUAUGUCUUUGCCACACUUUUUAAGAUGUAUUCUCAAAUACCUAGAAUGAAAGGAGAAAUUCCUUGAGUAGUCCAAUACCUUCAUUAGUCUAUAUAUUGGCUUCUGGAAACAUACAACAAACAUUGACUGGGAAGGGAGUAUUUAAAAUUGUGCAGUUUGUGAAUCUAUCCACAUAGUUCAAUGAACCUAUUUAACAAAAGGGUUACUUCAUGCUAGAAAAAUAGUUUAAAAAAAGAAUCUAUAAAGUGUUCUGUAAGAUCCAGACUGCACAAUGAGAAAUUAUAGUUGUUUUGGCCUCUGCACUUCCAAUCAGAAAGAAUAUUCCCCCUUUCACGCCUCAGAUCUGCUCCAGUGUGGAAUUUAUAUUUCAAAAUGUACAACAAUUAAGUCAGAGGCCUUGGUCAACACUCUGUUUCUGAAUUUUAAAACAUGGUCAGUGAUGUAUGGUUCAAAUAUACAUAUGAAAAAGUUGCACAUUACUAAAUUGCAGUGUGCAAUAUUUUAAUGUAUCAUGCAACUUAGCAUGAACAUUUAUUUCUUUAAAAGAACAGAAAAAUAUUCUAUAGGUAUACUCGUAAAAUGUUCUGGUACUAAUCUGGUACUAAUCAGCCUGCGAACCUACAGAAUAAUUUUGCUAUCAGCUGAGCAGACCAAUACAUUUCAGUUAUGUUUUAUUUGAGAUAUAUACAUGCACCUUAUAUAUGGUGACUGAUAAAAUGUAUAAUAAAGAAAGCUUGAUCUUUGUCAGUACCAUUUUGAAAUGCUUAUGCCUUUUUAUUUUCAGAAGUGUGUGCCCAUUUUUUGUGUUUGAUAGCUCACUACUCAUAUGUUCAGGUACCUACAAGUAAGAAUUGCAUCUUUAAUUUGGAUGAUCUUUGUUAAAUUAUUUAAAUUAUUUUCAUAUGCAAAGUAAACCCAAAGCACUUCAUUCAAAUAUGUUUGUUACUUUAUCUCUGAGGCCAAGGAUAAUAUAAGCUGGCUCCAAACACAUUAUAAUAUAAUAUGGUGGAGUGUACUAAUCUUUCAAAGUUUCAGGAAGUACUGCACUUGUUAAUAUGUCCUGAAAAAGCCCUGGUAUCCAGUAAUAGCAUAAGAGCAGGAAAUAGGUGAAAACAUUUAGAAAAAUAGAAACUUUUUCCCUCCUGUUUAAAUAAAACUGGCACAACAGUAUAUUUAUACUGUAGAUCAGGAAAUAUAUCUACUACUUAAACACAUAGUUAUGAAAAUUUAUGUUAAAAUGUAUUUUUGUUCUUAAAAUUUGUUUACCUGUAUAAAGCCUUACUGCGUCUUGUUUCCUUAACAAAGUAGUAGUAAGUUGUUUAUAGGUAUUAUCCUUAAACUCAGUGGUUUGAGUAGUGUUACAUUUAUAUCACAUUAAAAGUGUAUGCUGCUUGACAUGUUUUAAAGGAAAAUAUUUCUAAGUUGAAAUAGAUGUGUACUUGGUAAAUCAUCUAAAAUUUUACAUAACAGUAUUUUACAUGCACUUUUCAAAAAAGAAUUUUAGUGUUGAUUUAUGAUAUAAAAUAUUUUUCACCUUAGGUUUAAGGUCUCUUUAAAUAACCGUGGAAACAAAUAUGAACAUAUUUUAAAAACUUAUAUUUUUUCCUUUGAAUCAUGGUUAUGCUCUUUUAAUGUGGACACAACUUUUAUAUUUUAAUUUAUUAUCUAUUGAUAUAGUAGAUUCUGUUGGAUGCUGGAAAUUAUUAAUUUGUCAACGUCCCUUUUGACAUAUAUAACCAUUCUAAAGAUGUUGCACAAUAAUUACCUCAUUGAGUUUGGUAUAAUUUUAGUCCAGCGAUUAUUUUGCUCUUGCAACAUAAUCUUCUAUCCAAAUUUUAACAAAUUGCUACCCAGGCUUUAAUCCGAGAUGGAACUUGAAAGUGCUUAAAGAAUUUUGCUUUAUUAAAUGUGAUUAAUCUAGUCUACUUGAUCAGAAUAGAAAGAUAUGGUAUACUUCAUCUUUGAAAAGUUUAUUUUUUUUUUAAAUCCGUUAACAGUUGUUCCAUACCUGGAAACACCAGCAUUUGAAAGUUGAAGAUCUAUAUCAUUUAGGAUUUAAAACUGAACACAUUUCAAAAUAUCAUACAAGAAUUCUGAGAGAAUGACUUUUGUUUUUUAAGAUGCUGAUAAUUCAUCUGAUAAAUAAAAGCCUUUAAACAGGUUUUCACUCUAUACCACCACAGUACAUGGAUGAAAACCGAAACAAUUCAGAAUGACAUAUGCUUUGAAAUGUUGUUGUGUCUGAUGUUGUAUUUAGUAAACGUGUGCAUCAUAAACACUGUAUCCUAUUAGCUGUCACUGAAAAAUGUCCAAAUAAAAAACUCUACAGCUGUU